UAGAGAGGGCGGAAAUAGGGAGAGGAGGAUGGUGGGGGGUGGUGGUGGUGGUGGUGGUGAUGGUGGUGGUGAUGGUGAUGGGGAAACAGGGAGAAGCACAGUUGGCGCAGAACUUCUACAGCUUCAGUUGCCCUAACGUGGAAGCGAUCGUGAGGCAGGCAGUGAUCACGAAGAUGAGCCAGACCUUCGUCACUGUUCCUGCAACUCUCCGUCUCUUCUUUCACGACUGCUUCGUCCAGGGCUGUGAUGCUUCAAUCAUGAUCGCAUCACCCAAUCAUGAUGCAGAAAAAGAUGCUCCCGACAAUCUGUCCCUCGCCGGAGAUGGCUUCGACACCGUCAUCAAGGCAAAACAAGCUGUAGAAGCUGUCUGCCCCGCCGUAGUCUCCUGUGCUGACAUCUUAGCCAUUGCUGCCCGAGAUGUCGUCUUCCUUUCAGGGGGACCUUCAUUCAUGGUGGAACUGGGGCGGAGAGAUGGGCUUGUAUCAAAGGCAUCCCUGGUGCCCGGAAACCUUCCAGAAACUAACUUCGAUCUCAACCAGCUCAACCAGCUCUUCAGCAACAACAAUCUCACCCAAAUCGACAUGAUUGCACUCUCGGGUGCCCACACCGUGGGCUUCUCACACUGUGGUCAAUUCUCCGACCGCCUCUACUCCUUCUCCUCUGCUUCCACCCUCGACCCUUCCUUGAAUGCAAGCUAUGCCCAGCAGCUGAUGACCGCCUGUCCCCAGAACGUGGAUCCCAACAUCGCCACCAACUUGGAUCCUGUCACCCCUCAGACCUUCGACAAUAUUUAUUACCAGAACCUGGUACUAGGGAAGGGUCUCUUCUCCUCCGAUGAGGUGCUCUUUACCAACCCGGCAUCACAGUCUACUGUCAUCGAUUUUGCUACUAACCCAUCCGACUUCAAUGCUGCCUUCAUUAUCGCCAUGAUAAAGCUCGGCAGGGUGGGUGUGAAGACGGGCUUCCUAGGGGAGAUCAGGACCGACUGCACAGCCUUCAAUCCUUAGAAAAUAUAAUGAAUCUUCUUGACGACAACCAUGGAUGAGUCAAGCCAAGCUGCUAACCCAUUCCGCUCGCUCUUACUGUA